CUUGUGAGAUGGGGCGGACUUUUGGUGAAGGGACAGUGGUGAGAAAGAUGGCGGCCACUCCGGACCCCUCGGGGUGGUGGCUGCGGUGGCGGCGUUUGUCGGCGCGGGAUGGGUCCAGGAUGUUGCUCCUCCUCCUUUUGUUGGGAUCUGGGCAGGGGCCCCGAAAAGUCGGGGCGGGUCAGACGUUCGAGUACUUGAAGCGGGAGCACUCGCUGUCGAAGCCCUACCUGGGUGUGGGCACUAGCAGUUCCUCAUUGUGGAAUCUGAUGGGCAACGCCAUGGUGAUGACCCAAUAUAUCCGCCUUACUCCAGACAUGCAAAGUAAACAGGGUGCCCUGUGGAACCGGGUGCCAUGUUUCCUGAGAGACUGGGAGUUGCAGGUGCACUUCAAAAUCCAUGGACAAGGGAAGAAGAAUCUGCAUGGGGAUGGCUUAGCAAUCUGGUACACAAAGGAUCGGAUGCAGCCAGGGCCUGUGUUUGGAAACAUGGACAAAUUUGUGGGGCUGGGAGUAUUUGUAGACACCUACCCCAAUGAGGAGAAGCAGCAAGAGCGGGUGUUCCCCUACAUCUCAGCCAUGGUCAACAAUGGCUCCCUCAGCUAUGAUCAUGAGCGGGAUGGGCGGCCCACAGAGCUGGGUGGCUGUACGGCCAUUGUCCGCAACCUCCAUUAUGACACCUUCCUUGUGAUUCGCUAUGUCAAGAGGCAUCUGACGAUAAUGAUGGACAUCGAUGGCAAGCAUGAGUGGAGGGACUGCAUUGAGGUGCCCGGGGUCCGCCUGCCCAGGGGCUACUACUUUGGCACCUCCUCCAUCACUGGGGAUCUCUCAGACAACCAUGACAUUGUUUCCCUGAAGCUAUUUGAGCUGACAGUGGAGAGAACCCCAGAAGAGGAGAAGCUGCAUCGAGAUGUGUUCUUGCCCUCGGUGGACAACAUGAAGCUGCCUGAGAUGACAGCCCCGCUGCCGCCCCUGAGUGGCCUGGCCCUCUUCCUCAUCGUGUUCUUCUCUCUGGUGUUUUCUGUGUUUGCCGUUGUCAUUGGGAUCAUACUCUACAACAAGUGGCAGGAACAGAGCCGGAAGCGUUUCUACUGAGUCUUCCUGCUGCCACCCCCAUUGUGGCUGUCACCAUGAGAUGUAGGAGGAGCAGGCGCUGGCCUGACCACACAGCCCAGUGGUCUUCUCCAUUCUCCAACAGCUAGUCAUGGACUGCGUCCUGUCCCUGGAGCUUUGAAUGCAGGGACACUGUAUUUCCAUGGUCAUACAUGAGGACCUCUGACUCUGGUUCAGGAAACCCACCCACCCUAGGGCAAUGCUGCUGUGAUGUGCCUUUCCCUGCAGUCUGUCCACUGGGAGCUCAGAGGGUGAAGACAGUAUCUGCUGGUAUGAGGCCAAGAUCACAGAAAAGAACUUAAUAGCCCAGGAUGCCUUGGUGUUGGACUCAGGACCCCCAUGCUUCUCAUUUAAAUUUGCAAAGAAUGGAAAACUGAUAACUCCUCAUACCUUCCUUGGUUUUUGCUUUUUGUCUAAGCCUCUGUCCACCUGCGGAGUUCUCCUUGGAAGUCUGGGUGGAAACUUCUUCCCCGCCUCACCUUCCUCCCCUCCUUUUAUUGUCCUCUCCACGUGCAGCCUGAGCUUGAAAAGACAUUUGAUGCCUCUGUGUUGGGGCCGGGGCUGUGGAACAAGCAUGUUGCACUGACCCUCAUUAGGUGUCUGCAGGGAGAGAGCUUUCUGUUUUGGCUCACUGCUCUAGCCUUUGCUUGUCAGUGUGGAUCCUGGUUUUGUUGGCGUGUUUGUGACCUUCCCAAUUAGGUACCAUUCAGCCCUCAGUCUUCUUUGGCUGGAAGUUGGUGUGCAAGUCAAGAGAAGCUUGGGAGAUCUCAUGGAUGCAGUGGGAUUAACUGUGACACUGAUCUGCUCCAGGAUUUGAUACCAAAAGCAACAUUUGUUGAGUGAUCCGACCACGUGGACCAUCUGGAGCCUGCUUAGCUGCAUGUUUUGUGUCUGUCAUGAUCUUUGGAAUCCCACUUUGUUCAGAAUGUAAGAAAACUUUUUCUUAUAGCCUUGCCCUGGAUACUCCCCAGGAGGAAAUCUGGAUUCUUUUUCUUAAUGGAUAAGAAACAGUUGCUGUUCCCAUGUUGCAAAACUGAGGUCAAUAGGCCGUCGUCAUCUGCCUGGAAGAGUUCAUUGUCAUUGAGCAAUAGAGCCUGAGUGUCAUCCUCCAGGGGUCAGCCCUUAUUCUGUUGCCUUAUUGCAGGGGUGGGGAACCUUUUUUCUGCCAAGGGGCCAUUUGGAUAUUUAUAA